CCUUGUUGUCAAAAUGGAAGCAGUUUUACUAAAUGCUCGUUAGAUAUCCAGGAUUGUUUCAGAAAAAUACGUUUAAACUUUUUAAUAGUUUUUUUUUCAUAAGGAAAAUGCUAACUUAGAAGAUAACCUUAGUCUACAAGUGCAUACUGAAGGGAAACAUUUGAAAACUGGUGAAAGUUAGUAGCUUGAGUAAGCUAGUAGAUCUAAGUUAGCUUGAAUCUGUCGCUAAUUGUUUACACUUAAAUUGUACACACUUGACAUUAAUCUGCGUUGAUCCCACACCUAGUUGUGAUUUGUAGAUUCGUCUUUUUUGUUUUACACUAAACAUCAGUAGGAUGCGGAGAGGUGUUGGUGCUGGAGCUAUUGCCAAAAAGAAGCUGGCAGAGGCCAAAUAUAAAGAAAGAGGAACUGUUCUUGCAGAAGACCAAAUCGUCCAGAUGUCUAAGCAGCUGGAAACCUUCAAGUCAAACCUGGAGGAGUUUGCCAGCAAGCACAAACAAGAGAUCCGCAAGAACUCGCAGUUCAGAGUCCAGUUUCAAGAAAUGUGUGCCACCAUUGGCGUUGACCCACUUGCUUCUGGAAAAGGUUUUUGGUCUGAGAUGCUCGGUGUAGGAGAUUUCUAUUAUGAGCUUGGUGUACAGAUUAUUGAAGUGUGCCUUGCCUUAAAACACAGAAAUGGAGGGCUAAUUACUCUGGAUGAACUCCAUCAAAGAGUGCUGAAGGGACGGGGGAAGUAUGCUCAGGAUGUGAGUCAAGACGACUUGGUCCGAGCCAUAAAGAAGCUGAAGGUGAUGGGGAAUGGCUUUGGGAUGAUUCCUGUUGGUGGUUCUUACUUGGUCCAGUCAGUACCAGCAGAGCUAAACAUGGAUCACACUGUAGUUCUGCAACUGGCUGAGAAAAAGGGAUAUGUCUCAGUGAGUGAGAUCAAGGACAGUCUAAAAUGGGAGAAGGAACGAGCGUGUCAUGUUCUGGAUCAUCUGCUGAAAGAAGGUUUGGCUUGGCUGGACUCUCAAGCAGCUGGCGAGGCGCAGUACUGGCUGCCUGCGCUCUUCUCUGAGCUGACCUCUCGUGAUGUCACACCAGAGGAGGCUAAUCAGAUGACACCAUGAGGAGUCAUGGGUAGACUGGCGGUGGCAGCGUCAGAGGCAUGGUGGUAAACAAAAUGUGCCUGGAGGGGAGGCUCAUGUGAGAGGGUUAGUUGGUUCUCUGGAGUAGGCAGGCAAGGUAAACUCCCUCUGAGAUCACCUUUGGACUCAAGGAGGGGAAGUUUUUCUCCAUCACAGCUAUGCAGUGAGGAUACAUAUGUUAUCAUGGAGCCUUUGAAAAGCAGUACAAUUUCAGCCAUCCUGGAUAAGACAUUCUGUUAUGGGUAAUUAGGGAAAUCUCAAUGUAAAUAACCAAAAAAAAAUUUUUAAUUCUUGUACAAAAAUAAACCUUUGAUGAAACAA